AUGUCAGAAGAAUCUUCUCAGUUUGAGCCUAUUCAAGGAGGUGGCUCACUCGUCCUUGCUUAUCAAAUAGCCCACAAAAAAGUAUUGAUUGUAGGUGGCGGUAACGUUGCUGCUCAACGUAUUGUCUCGCUCAAGAUCGCAGAUGCCGAUAUUAUCCUUGUCUCGCCUGAUUCAGGCCUUAUCGACGAAGUACGAUACCGAAUUGACAACAAGGAAGUCGAUUGGAGGGAUCGCAAGUUUAUUGACCAAGAUCUUGACGGAGUCGAUAUGGUCUUGACAGCCCUUGACGAUCAUGAAGAGUCAGUUCGUAUUGGCCACCUGUGUCGCGAAAAACGCAUUCCUGUCAACGUAGCUGACGUGCCACCCAUGUGUGAUUUUUAUUUUAUGUCUCAACACCGGGAUGGACCCCUUCAGAUAGCUGUUUCUACGAACGGUAAAGGUCCUAAAUUAGCCAACAUGGUACGCGUUGCAGCUGCCAAUGCCUUACCUCCUCGUAUGGGUGAUACGAUUGAGAAAAUGGGCAAAUUGCGCUCAAAAGUAAAAGAAUGGGAGCCCGAAAUGAAAAAUUCAGGCAAGCGUAUGACCUGGGUUACUCAAGUAUGCGAGAAAUGGGACAUGCAAGGUAUGGCUCGUUUGAACGAACUCGAGACUCCAGAGCAAGAGGAAACAGCAUUUGCAAAACUGAAAGAGUGUUUUAUUGUGGGCGGCAUUCCUUCCGUUGAGGACAUUUUGGGAAGUAACAAACAACCUCGUAUCACAUUGAUUGGUGGUGGACCAGGUGACCCGGAAUUGAUUACAGUCAAAGCAAAGCGUUUGUUACAAGAGGCUGAUUUGGUUGUGAGUGAUCGUUUGAUUCCUAGCCAGAUCUUGGAUUUAGUUCAAGGCGAACUUCGUAUUGCUCGUAAAGUGACGGGUAAAUCAGAUGAAGCCCAAGAGGAGUUAAUGCAAUGGUGUCUGGAAGGACUUCACAAGGGUCUUCAUGUUGUACGACUCAAGAUUGGUGAUCCGUUGUUGUUUGGUAGAGGUGGGGAAGAAAUUAUCUGGUUCCGUGAGCGCGGCUUUGAGCCUGAACUUGUUGCUGGUAUCUCAAGCGCAUUCUCUGCCCCCAUGGCUGCCAUGAUACCUGUUACGUUUAGGGGAGUUUCUGAUCAAGUGAUUAUUACUACUGGAAGAGGCACUAAAGGUUCUAUGCCCGACUUGCCCAUAUAUGGUUCAACGCAGACACUUGUUGUGUUGAUGGCUGUCGGAAGAGCUUCAGAGUUGCGUGUCAUGCUAUUGGAUCGACACUACCCUGAGGACGUUCCUAUUUGCUGGAUUGAGAAUGCCAAUUGCCCUGAAGAACGCAUCAUAUUUGGUACCUUAAAUUCUAUGGCACUUGUAGUUGAAGAACAAAACAUCAAAGCACCCGCUGUGCUUGUUGUGGGUCAUUCAGUCUCUGUGCUGAACAAGAAUUUGUUGUAA